CCAAAAGAAGAAAGGCAAAUUAAACAUUGUUUUCUGUGAAUUGAAAUAGAAUGCAAGAGGCCCAUGAUUUCUCAACACUGUGAAACUGUCAUGUCCCUCAUUCUCCACACAGUCCUCACCUUUGUCUUCAAAUGCUUCAACACAUACAUAUCACAUCCCCAUUAAUUCCAUUCCCCACCCUACACAAAACUCACCAUGCCUCCAUCCACAAACCACCACCACCACCACCACCUCUUCUUCCUCACUCUUGCCCUCACAUCCAUCAUCUUCCUCUCCUCUCUCCCCCCUUCCUCAGGUGGGGCUAGGGCAUCAAGAGAGGAGGAGGAGCUGAGGAAGAUGGUGCUGGGAUCGAGGCCGCCGGCCUGCGUGAACCGGUGCAUGAGCUGCCGGCCCUGUGAGGCUACUUUGGUAAUUCCACCUCAUCAAAGGGCAAGUUAUGGUGCAUCUUAUCACAGAGGGGGAGAUGACAGCUACUAUCUUCUUUCUUGGAAAUGCAGGUGUGGGAAUAAGCUUUAUCAACCUUAGCUUCAUUAAUUCAAUUAAUCAAACAUUUUCAUGUGAUGAUCAUGUACUUAUAACUUUGUAUCAGACGCUUUAUUUAAUUAAUUACUUAUAAACUAGAUUAUUAUAUCGACAAUAGUUAAUAUUGGUUUGGUGUAUUUUUUAGGAGUUAUAUAUGUAUCAUUAAC